AUGUCCACCAUCCCGCCCGAGGUGCUCCAGAGCUCCAAGCCGCCCAUCAUCCCCCUCUCCUUCAACGCCAACCAGCCGCAGACGAUCCGGCUGUACCCGCUGUCCAAUUACACCUUUGGCGUCAAGGAAACGCAGCCCGAGGAGGACCCGAGCGUGAUUGCGCGGCUCAAGCGCCUCGAGGAGCACUAUGGCGAGCACGGCAUGCGACGCACCUGCGAGGGCAUCCUCGUGUGCCACGAGCACAACCACCCGCACAUUUUGAUGCUGCAAAUCGCCAACGCCUUCUUCAAGCUGCCCGGCGACUACCUACGGCCCGAGGAUGACGAGCUCACCGGCUUCCGGUCGCGCCUGGACGAGAGGCUGGCCCCCGUCGGUAGGCUGGGCGAGGGCGAGGAGGCGGGCGACUGGGACGUGGGCGACUGCCUCGCGCAGUGGUGGAGGCCCAACUUUGAGACUUUUAUGUAUCCCUUUAUUCCUGCGCAUGUUACUCGGCCCAAGGAAUGCAAGAAGCUCUACUUUAUUCAGCUUCCUAAGAGCAAGGUCCUUAGUGUUCCUAAAAACAUGAAGCUGCUCGCCGUUCCCCUGUUCGAGCUCUACGAUAACACCGCGCGCUACGGACCGCAACUCUCCGCGAUCCCCCACCUCCUAAGCCGAUACAACUUUGAGUUCGUCGAUGAGAACGAUAAUACCGCUGCCAUGACCCCCGGAUCUGCUCCUCCCGAGGGCUACGUCCCCAAGACCAAGGUCCUCGCUGGCGGCGAUGAUACCGAGAUGAACGAGAAUGGCACGAAUUGA